AUGUCGAUGCCAGAUACACCGGUCAUGCCACACACACCACUGACGCCACAUGGCUCCGCCUCCAGAGAUAUUUCAGGCGAUCAUGGCUCGAAUGCUGGUGAUUUUGAUGACUCAUCGUUGCCCAUUAUCCACAAAGAAGGGGAUAAGUUUGGUGAUCAUUCUAUCCACAGUGCGGUUGUGGAUCUCUUUUGGCAGAAGAAAUGGCAAAAGUUGUCGGAUGCUGCUCAGACGAACCGGAACACCCCUGAUUCCAAUGGGAAGACAUCAAGGCAUACGGCUGGUAGCAUAGGAUAUGCCGAGCACCGUCGUAGAUUGAAAGCACAUCUGGGUAAAGAUCCCGAAUUUUGUGAUCUAUACGUGAAGACACAUGGCACCAGUGAGUCGAAGAAAAGAUAUUUCGAGGGAGAACGUGAAAAUAUAGAAUAUUGCUCUGAAACAGCCAAAGAUGCAAAAGAUGCAUAUCUAGAGGGGUUAGUGAUGAAAUAUGGAGAAGACCCGGCAAACCAUAGACACGAUGCGGAGGUAUGGGUUGAAAGCCAAAUUCGGAGAACAGGAGGAAAAAAGAAGGGUCUUAUCUAUGGUAUAGGAGCAUCGGAUGCCAAUUUUGUGGUUUCUGGGAUAACAUCUUCCGAAUCUACCCGGUUAUGUGAAGAAGUUUCUAACAUGCGACAAUUGCAAGAACAAAUGGUACAACAAAUGGAAAGGAUGGCGAUGAUGAUGAAUGGUACAACAAAUCAAGCCAAUGAUCCCCCUCAUACUCCACCUCAUACUCCACCCGAGGAUGGUGUAUAA